GUAGUGGGCACUUCUCUCUCCCCCUCUACAUACACCACACGCACACACAGGGCACCACCACCGACCUUCCCUUCGAUCGUAAUGUACCCAAUCCUUUCUCUCUCCUCGUGUGGGAUUAUGGCCUGAAAUCUCUCUCUCUCUCUUCCUCUCAGCACUCAUAGAAAUAACCCCUAAAAUAAACAGGGGUUUAAGGUCGGGUGCCGUGUUUUAAGCGUUACUUCCGUGGUUGCUUCUCUCUCUCCCUCUCUCCUUAACGAUCGCGGGAUCCCUGGCGCGACUUUCCUUUAACUGUCUCCCACGCUCCCGUCCACAUCUCCUCCACCUACCUCUCUCUCUCUACAAAACCCUCCUCUCCCUUCUCUGCACAUUCCAUCUCAAAAUCAUCUCGCCCCCCCCCCCCUCUUCUCUCUCUCUCGAAUAAAAAAACCUGUUCGUUUUCUCAGCAACAGCUCGACGAGCAACUAACGUUCUAUCUCCAUAGAUCUCAAUCUGCGAAACCUGAUCUGGAGAAGAUGGCACAAAGUGGCCAAACCUCGCCUGGAAGUGUUGGCUACACCCCCAAGAACAUCCUCAUCACUGGUGCUGCUGGUUUUAUCGCUUCUCAUGUGGCCAACAGGCUCAUUAGGAACUACCCCAACUACAAAAUCGUAGUCCUUGACAAGCUAGACUAUUGCUCCAAUCUCAAGAACCUUCUCCCUUCUCGAUCUUCACCCAAUUUCAAAUUUGUCAAGGGAGAUAUUGCUAGUGCUGAUCUUGUUAACUUUCUUUUGAUUACUGAAAAAAUUGACACAAUUAUGCACUUUGCUGCACAAACCCAUGUCGACAAUUCAUUUGGAAACAGUUUCGAGUUCACAAAGAACAAUAUCUAUGGAACCCAUGUCCUCUUAGAAGCUUGCAAGGUCACUGGUCAGGUUACGAGGUUCAUCCAUGUUAGCACUGAUGAGGUCUAUGGUGAAACUGAUGAAGAUGCAGUUGUUGGUAAUCAUGAGGCCUCUCAGCUCCUCCCAACUAAUCCUUAUUCUGCAACUAAAGCAGGGGCUGAGAUGUUGGUUAUGGCCUAUGGGAGAUCUUAUGGUCUCCCUGUGAUCACAACUAGGGGAAACAAUGUCUAUGGACCCAACCAAUUUCCUGAGAAACUCAUUCCCAAGUUCAUACUGUUGGCCAUGAAAGGGAAACCACUUCCGAUUCAUGGAGAUGGAUCGAACGUGAGGAGUUAUCUUUACUGUGAGGAUGUGGCUGAGGCUUUUGAGGUGAUUUUGCAUAGAGGGGAAGUGGGGCAUGUGUAUAAUAUUGGGACCAAGAAGGAAAGGAGAGUGAUUGAUGUGGCCAAGGAUAUCUGCAAGCUUUUCUCUCUCAACCCUAAUGAGGUGAUCAAGUUUGUGGAGAACAGACCCUUCAAUGAUCAGAGGUACUUUUUAGAUGAUCAAAAGUUGACGAAUUUGGGAUGGUCUGAGAGGACCACAUGGCAAGAAGGGCUUAGAAAGACCAUGGAGUGGUACACGAGCCACCCAGAUUGGUGGGGUGAUGUGUCGGGUGCUCUUUUACCUCACCCAAGAAUGCUUAUGAUGCCUGGUAUAAAGACACAGUUCGAUGGCUCUGAAGAUACUAAUGGUGGGGCUUCUCAUGUGGAGAACAGUUCUGGCCAAAGCCAUAUGGUGGUUCCACCUUCAAAGGGAAGUGGCUCUUCUACUAAGCCAUCUCUUAAGUUCUUGAUUUAUGGUAGGACUGGCUGGAUUGGGGGUCUUUUAGGGAAGAUUUGUGAGAAACAAGGGAUAGCUUAUGACUAUGGAAGAGGGCGAUUAGAGGAGCGCUCCCAACUUUUAGCAGAUAUUCAAAAUGUGAAGCCAACACAUGUUUUUAAUGCGGCUGGGGUCACUGGCAGGCCUAAUGUCGAUUGGUGUGAGUCUCAUAAGCCUGAGACAAUACGCACCAAUGUGGUGGGAACACUAAAUUUAGCAGAUGUUUGCCGAGAGCAGGGGCUCUUGAUGGUGAAUUUUGCAACUGGGUGUAUUUUCGAGUACGAUGUUGAGCACCCUGAGGGUUCAGGCAUUGGGUUCAAGGAGGAGGACAAGCCCAAUUUCACUGGUUCGUUCUAUUCGCAGACCAAGGCAAUGGUUGAAGAACUUCUCAGUGAGUACGAGAAUGUGUGCACCCUCAGAGUUCGGAUGCCGAUAUCAUCUGAUCUGACCAAUCCACGAAACUUCAUUACCAAGAUUGCCAAUUACAACAAGGUGGUUAACAUUCCAAACAGCAUGACCAUCUUGGAUGAGCUUCUGCCUAUAUCAAUCGAAAUGGCGAAAAAAAAUUGCAGGGGAAUAUGGAACUACACAAACCCUGGUGUGGUAAGCCACAAUGAGAUCUUGGAAAUGUAUAGGGAUUAUAUUGAUCCAUCCUUCAAGUGGGUCAAUUUUAAUCUUGAAGAGCAAGCCAAAGUGAUAGUUGCUCCAAGGAGCAACAAUGAAUUGGAUGCUUCCAAGUUGAAGAAAGAGUUCCCAGAGCUUCUCUCUAUUAAAGAAUCCCUCAUCAAGUAUGUAUUUGAACCGAACAAGAGGGUCUGAAAUCCUGAGCUCAUUAGUCAUUUUAGAGAGAGAGAAAGCUAACCUUGAUAGCUACGAUCAUGAAUAGGAAUUUACCAAUGCGCUCCUAGUACCUUUAUUGUUUUAUUUUUUUCAAUUUUGGGGUAAUCCUGGUGGUUUUUUUCGAUUAUGUUCUCUGUUGGUUAUGUUUUGGUGGCUGUUUCUGUCAUAUGUAAGGGAUUGCCCUGUAUUUGUGAUUCUUGCUUCCAUGGAGCUGUUUGCUAGCAGUCAUGUCAUUUUUGAGGUGCAGUAUCCGAUUUAGAUGUGUAAUAUCAAUGAGAAUAUUUCUCAUUUCACUAGUGUGAUUUGCAAUGUUUCUCUCUCAAUGCUACUUCUAUUUAUUAGAA